UGUGUUUUUCAAUGGGGGCGGAAAAAAUGGUGAGGAGAUCCAGACGAGUGUGAAAUACAUACACACCGAGCUACUGCAGAGAUGAAGGCGCUUAUUUACGGGUUCUACGUGGCGGUUCUCGGGCUGUUGUUGACGGGGCUGCGUGAGUUGCUGUUCGGCUUCGAGGAGAACCGGUGUAGCAUGACCUACAUGUUCGAGUAUCCUGAGUACCGGCGUGUCCAGCUCCCGCGACGUGUGGCGCGUCAGUACCCUGCCUAUGGACUCUAUCUGUAUGGUGAAGGUCUGUAUGCUCAAGAAACUCAAAAUCUCAAACUCAGUGGUGCUCCUGUGCUCUUCUUACCUGGAAACGCUGGCAGCUACAAGCAAGCUCGUUCUCUGGGCUCUGUGGCAUUGAGGAAAGCUGAGGGGUUGGAGGGAGAAAUCCACCUGAACGUCUUCACCAUCGAUUUUAACGAGGAGCUGGUGGCCCUGUACGGCGGAAGCCUUAUCCGGCAAACUCGCUUCCUCUAUGAGAGCAUCAAGGUCAUCCUGCAACUUUACAAGAACCAUCCUGAUCCUCCCAGCAGCGUGGUGUUGGUGGGUCACUCUAUGGGUGGUGUGAUCGCGCGAGCUCUCUUCUCCCUCCCACGCUUUAAUCCUCACCUGGUUAGCCUCAUCCUCACCCAGGCCUCUCCUCACCAGGCGCCUGUCCUCUCCUUGGAUCCCUUCAUACUUGAUUUCUACUCGUCUGUCAGGCGGCACUGGAGUACCCGAGCAGAGGAUUUGCGUAACGUGACCGUGUUGUCUGUGGGCGGGGGAUACCGUGACUAUCUGGUUCGCUCAGGCCUGACCACCUUGACCUGUCCUGCGAAUGACCUGAACAAGAUGGCCGUUGUGGUGACUGCUGUUCCCAGGACUUGGGUAUCUACAGAUCACCUGUCCAUCGUGUGGUGUAAGGAGUUUGUGCUGGCCACAGUGCGGGCGUUCUUUGACCUCAUUGAGCCUGAAACAGGCCAGUUCACAAAGGAUCCUGAGAAAAGGAAGUCUGUACUGAAUCAUCACUUCAUUCGCCACCCGGUUCAGCUCCCUGGCGAGCAAAUCAACACUCCUCUUAGCUUCUCAGGCACCAUGGAGGCCUGGAAUGAGGUGAACACACUCCGUCUGUUCUACAGUGCUCCCAAGGAAGUUCGAAUUCAGUACUUCCUGUUUGCACUUUCCAGCCGGAGGAAAGCCUACACACACUUCUACUGCCGCAACAGCAACCUGGAAAUGUCCAGCUGGCUCUUUGGCUGCACCCAGAUGAAUGGCUCCAUGUGUGUGCAAGCAGUAGAUUUGUCCCUCAGAACAGAACUUCUUCCAGUUUAUAAGGUCUUAGUUGUGAAACUGAGUGAGAUGCGUGCUAUCUCUCAUCUGGUCAUCGAUGCCUCAAACCCCAGUGCACGGCAGUUUAUAGUGGAGUGUGAGUGGCAGAGAGAGGAAAGCCUGACCAUCCCUGUACCUGUCCCUCAUGUUCUCUCUUUUGGCUUGACAGUCAGUGAUGUCACCAUUAACUCAUCUGGGCUACUGCACACACUACAACUGCAACACUUUCACCAGGUUUAUCAGGCCUUUAAAAUCACAGUAAGCAGCCAAUGCAAGCUCACCAAAGAAAGGUUGUCCAGCAUCUACAGAUUAAAGGUGCCAUGGUUUCGAGAAGAUUCCUUUGUCACUGCAGGCAUUCCCUCAGCCACAGAGAUGAAUGGCAUGCUGCACACCAGUCGCCAAGACAACACCUCAAGUGUCCUAUUACAGCUCCACACUGCCCCCAACUGCCAGUACAAGAUUUCAGUCCGUACAUCCUUCCAUAAAGUGCUUGGACAGAUCCUGCGUUUCUGUGGACCUGCGUUGCCUGUGUAUGUGGCUGUGGCUUUGCUGCUCGCUUUAAAGAGUCAUCUGUCUUCUGUCCUGCGAAUGGGUCGAGCCAUGAAUACAAGAGAUGCUGUAGCUAAAAGUUUACAGCUCCACAAACUAGAGCCUCCUGUCCUGCUGCUGCACCUGUUCCUCAGACAGAACUGGUUUCAGGAAGGCUGGUCUUCUCUAGGUCUUCCUGCAGUAGACCUCUUGCUUCUAACCCCAUUGGAAGACCUAUCCCAUGAUGUAGUGGGGCCUGGGCAGGACUGGCCCCGUCUUGUUUCCCCACUGCUGUGCAUUCUGGGUGCUGCAGUGGCAUUCUGGGGAAGUGCUCUUCUCAGCAUAUCUUUACGGACCUUGUCUUUCCUCUUGGCUCCACUGCACAGGCCUUCAGUCUCUCGCUACUGUGGCACCCUUCAUCUUCCUGCUCAGAUUCUCCUCAUCCUCAGUCUAGCUGCACUGAGCAGAGUCACCUGCGGAGCCCUGUCAGUCACUGCCAGCUUUCUGCUUCACCUCUACAGGGUUCUCCGAUUACAGAUGACCGAGAGGUCCUUAAGUCACAUGCUGAACCUGGCACCACAGAGCAUGCAGCAGAACACAGAGAACAGCUGCAGCACAAGCGAAGGCCAGAGGAAGCAUAACGAAUGUAAUGGCACCCCGCUCCUAUCCGAGUCAGCACUUCAGGAGGUCAGAGAUGACCUGCAGCUUCACCUGAACGUGUCUGCACUGCUUACUCUACCUGUGAUGCUCAGCGCUCCCUCACUCAUCUACUGGAGCCGAAACUUCAGAUAUUCAGCUCAUCUGGAUCCAGACCCAUUCUGGCCACACACGUUGCCUCUGCUCGUUGCCUCUGUGCUACUCAUCAACUGCAACACACUCACUCUGAGACACAGUAAGCUGAUGCUGUGGCCGACCUCACGCCUGCUGCUUCCUCUCAGUGUAGCCAUGUUGACCUUUUCUACUCUUCAUCUGUAUCGGGUCACUCACUUCCUGUCUGUCGCUCUGAUGCUGUUGGCGGCUUCCUGUUACCUUUGAUCUCAACCCUCCAGACAAGACCUAAGCAGCCUUAACAUGUCCUUGCAUUGGCGGUUCAUCUAUCAGUGAUUCCACUGGAUUUAAAUCAUGUGAUUGGUCAUGUGACAUCAUACUGCUGAACAGGGUAACGGAGUCCCACACAGACUCAAGCUGUCUCUAUUUAUUAACACUUUCCCUUUAGGGUUCUGCUUUCCAUCCAUAUACAUAUAGUCAUAACAGUUGACCAGCACUAGGCUCAACUUAUUCUGCCUUUGUGUUUCUUUGCUUCUGGUUGCGUCUAGCCUUAAAUCAUUUUAGAAACCAGUAUUUGAUUACUUGUUUAGGUCACUGGUGUGUCUCUUACCGAGCACAUCAUCAUGUUACACAGCACCCCGGAAUCACAUUCACCCACUUGGUGGCAGUGCGUUCUUUUAUUAUUUGACAGUUCAAAAUGUGAAACUUGGAGACAAGCACAAUGGCCUUCUUCAUGCAACAAAUCCUACUACAACAUGCCUUUUCUUUCCAUGAAAAACAUUUUGACCAAAAAAAUACAUUUUCAGUUUCUCCAAAUUUACCUCAAAUGUCGUUAAUCAGCCUGGACAUGUGUUUUGUGAUGUUUUGCCCUGGAGCUAUGAUCUGAAUGUGGCUAACACAGGACACUUGGAGAGACACUUUUUUUUUUUUUCUUUCUUUUUUUUUUUUCUUUAACGCCUGUGUCCAGUUCUUCACAGCAGUCAUGCAGUCUCACGUAUCAUUUAUAAACACAAACAGAACUUCACCAUGUAGCUGAACACUGGGAGGCGGAAAAAGCGUUUCAGAAAAGCAGAAUCUUUUCAUUCAGUUUCUUCUUAGGAACACUUUUUUUUUUUUUUUGGCCCAGAAGUGAUGCAUUUGCAAAAUGUAAUUCCCUAAAGUAAUGUAUCCCAAUUAUUGGGCAUAUUUCUGGAAGUAUUUGGACCCUUGUAGCUCAAGCACAAAACUAAAGAACCAAACUUGACCAAAUGAUUUGGCGUAAAUGGAGAGAAUUUUUUUAUGGACCCCACUUUUCACUGCUCACUGUUAAUUUCACGGUCACUUUGCUAUUUCUUCUGCAGUGUAAGAUUUUAAUAUGGAGUAUAUAAAAGAGCCUGUACUAUUUAGGGAAGGACCUUUGUUCAUUCAUGAUGGUGUCUAUAAACACCGAUCAGCCAU